AUGAAAUUCAUACUGCAAUGUUCUAUAUGCUUAUAAAGUUUAUGCAAUCCUAUGUCUCUAAAUUGUGGGCACACUUUUUGUCUCAAUUGUAUUAAUAAUACAUUAGACAAUCAAGAGUAAAGUGCUUGUCCCUUGUGUCGUUAGUCUAUGUUGAUCUCAUAGUAUAAAUCUGAUGAAUUGUUAUCUAUUGUGUAAUAGAUAUAUGAAAAAGAUGGAACAGAAGGUAAUAGAUUUCUAUAAUAUCAGGACUUUUAAAUGAAUUUCCUUCAUUAAUUAUCUGUCUUUGUUGUGGGUUGACACCUAUAAAUCCAAUUGUUCUACCUUGUUAACAUAUGUUUUGUUAGAAAUGUAUUUAAGAGAGUCUUCAAGAAGAAUUACUUUGCCCAGUAUGCUCAGAGUUUAGUUUUGUGCUAAAAGUUAGCAUAAAUUAGAAAUAUAAAGAUCUUAUCAAUUGGUAUUUGAAGUAAUUUUAGAUUGAAGAAGUACAAUAAACUGAAGAAAUCAUAUAAUCAGAUUUUGUUAAUGGAUUACCUAUCUUUAAUUUUGAAUAAACAGUCAUAAUUCAUAUGGAAACACAGUUCACAUUUUUUGAACUCAGAUAUUAGGAGAUGAUAAAAAGAGUUUGUUCUGGGUCAUGUAAUUUUAUUGUUUCAGGAGAUUUUAUCAAUGGAGAUUUAGUUAAAAUUAAAAAUAUAAAAAAAAUUAAUAAAGGAUACUAAGUACUUGUAGAGGCAAUAGGGAGAGUGAAAAUUAAAUCUGUAUAUAACUACAUUAAUGGAAUCAAGACAUCUUAUUAACCCUUAAAUACUUAAUAAUUUUGGCUUUGUUCAUAUUAUAAUAUUACAGAUUAAACUCUAAAAGAGAAUAGUAUUUAAUAAUAUAAAAAUAUUGUAUUAACUUUAGAUGAGAUUUAUAAAAAUAUUUAAUCUGAUUUACAUACCUUAUUUGAUAAUUUUAUGAAAAAGCUACACUUAUUAUCAAGUGCUGAGAGUAGUUUAAUAUUAUUGGCUACAUUGAAUAAUUAAUCAAUAUCAUAAUAUUAUGAUGUUGAUGUUGAAAAAAGAAUAUAAUUAAUUUAAAAUCACUUUUGUACUCUAGAACUAUAUAUUAAAGGAAUGUACAUUUAAGGGGAACAAAAAUAGAAUGCAAAAUAUUAGUAAUAACAAAUAGAAAUCAUAUUAUAUCCAGAAUAUGAUGUAGCAACUCAAUAUUUCCUCAAUCUUUUUAAUCUAAACAAAGUACUUUGUUUUUGA